CUUUUUAUGUGUUUUUCUGUUUUUCUUUUUCCGUUUUUCAAUUUUCAUUUCCCCGCAUGUCUCCGCUUACGAGUAUGGUUUGACGAGUCCAAAGGUCUGAAAGCCUGAAACUGAAACCUGAAACGUUGUACGUUUGUGAUCUGAAGUCGGCUGAAGUGAAGUUAUCACAAAUACGUUUAUGGAAGUUACCAAACUUUUCCUUGCCCUCCAAAGCCGCCGAAGUUCUUGUCUUCAGAUUCUCUUCAAAUCUGCAGCCGUCGGCGACUUACCAUUCUCUUCAUGUAUGUACCUUGAUCCGACUUGAGAACAUCUACAUCCGAACUCGGGCGAUUCUGCCGGUGACCGUAAUGGCAGUGUGCUGCAGCGUCCACAUGCUAUGUGCGAUGAUUACCUGAAUUGCUGAAGCUGGGUAAGAGAUAUCUCUUCACCAACUCUCUCAAAGAGGUUACAUUUUGAUUACAUCCAAUACCUAUGGGACUGAUGGUAGAAUACAAAAUCACCAAGGAAUGAUUCUUCGGAAGAUUUUCAUUGUUUCUCUGUUUCUGUUGCACUUUCUGGACCGACAUUUUGACCGUAUUUUUCCUUCAAAAUAUUCUCUUGUAAUUGGUAUCAUAUCUGCCCAGGAACAUCUUGAUAGAAGAAAUGCUGCAAGGAAAACAUGGUUGAAAUCCCUCACUCAAUCAAAGCAAGUGAAAUAUUAUUUUGUUAUUGGAAAGCAUUCUUGUCCAGUGCCUACAGAGGAUAGACCGUUCAUCGAAGAAUGCUCAGAGUGGUCCUCAAAAUGUUUUAACUCAUCUACCAGUUGGGAAGAUCAUUUUUCUGUCGGUGCAACCAACGAAGACCUAGGCAGUUCCUUCAAUCACAAUACAGUUUCCCAACAAGCCAGCGAAUUUAUUUUCAUCGUAAACUUUGAUAUUGUUAUUCUGCAAGUUGGAGUUGUAUCCGAAGUGAUCAAGAAUAAUGGAGGUUUGGUUUACAUCAAGAUCUAUGAUCAGAGGAAUUCUGUUCUCCUGGCAACGGCUUUCACAAAUACAUCCUUUUCAGCAGAUGAGUACUUAUCAUCGGCUAAGGUCAACCAGCUAUUCCUUCCAAAAGGAUUCGAGGGUCGGAUUCGGAUCGAAGGCAGUAACCAGAUUCUCAUUCUGGAUUCUGCUUCAUGCUCUCAUGUGAAAACUAAUCAGAUCCCUCCUGUGGUGCACAUAUUGCAUCCUGUUUCAAAUCAAUCUUGUUUCCUUGUUGGAUUUAAAUAUGUUUUGCACGAUGCCAGCAAAUUCAAAGAAUUCAUGAGAAAGAGACAGUAUCGCUUCGCUGAACGGCAAAACCAAAUUAUUCGAUUACAGGAUAGCUUGGAUGAAGAGUCUUCUAUUUUCCAGGAUAUUAUAGCGCUAGAUGUGAUUGAUGUUUAUAAAAAUCUGCCAUUGAAGGUGUUGACAUUUUUCCACUGGAUGGCAAAAAACAUCGCUUUUGAUUAUGCUUUGAAAACGGAUGACGAUACCAUAAUCAACAUCGACAAGGUUUUAGCAGAAGUGGAAGAUUCAAUACGGAACAAAAGGACCUGGGACUGGUGGAGCUGCUUCAGAUCGAUGUGGCCUGUCAUGGACAUCGGGAAAUGGCGAGAGUACAAUUUAAUUUCUCAAACUUACCCAGAGUUUCCAUCAGGUGCUGGGUAUGUACUACGAAGGAAUCUGAUCGAAUACCUUUCAAGAAAUUUUGAUCUCAUGUUUAAGCACUUCCAAGGGGAGGAUGUGUCGAUGGGUAUUUGGAUGAGUCCCAUCUUUCCUGUGAAACUCGUUGGGAAGUCUUGUCACUGGGCCUGUGACAAUGAGUUUAGGUCUUAUUCUUGCAAUGUUGCCAACCUUGAUGUUACUAAAUUUAGCAAUUAUUGGAAACUCUUGAAGAAAAGUUGACAAUGACUAAAAAAAAUUGUGGUGUUAAGGAACCCAGAAGCACAAUCCUGCUCCGAACAGAAACAUAAUGUUAGAAGUAAUAUUGAAGCAACUCAUAAAAGUUGUGAGUGUCAAUGCAUCUGGGUCUGCUUGAAAGAAAAACCGAAAUGUUUCUGCAUUCUCUCUUACUCUCUUCAAAAAUCCAAGCACCGACAGUCCUUCACGGAGGGCCGUGAAGGCAGUCCGUGGCUUCACGAGGACAUGAACAUUCAACAAGUCUGAAAGCAAAGUAGGAGAGGAAGUAGUUAACAUCACUAUAUGUUUUGGGUGCAAUAAUGACUCGAUUAUGAAUGAUCCAGAACAUAUUUCCAGAUAAUUGUCAAGCUUUCAAUCUUUCAACCAGUGUUACGUCCUUUUUGCAAAGAGGUAUAUGCAUCUCCCAUAAGAAUUGGGCCCAGAACGGAAUCUUGUCAUACUUUCACCUUUUGUAGAGGAAGGUUAGAGAAGUUAAAAAAUGGCGGAGUUUUUGAUCCAGCCCCCACAAGGGAAGGGGAUUAAGGAAAAAUCAACUUCUGGGCAUAACUUUUAAACAGUUGCAGCUAUUCAGUUGAACUUUUCUUUCAAAUGAAAGAGCAUAAAAAGACCUUCCUAUUGAGUAUAAGAAAUUGAGAAUCGGUCAAUUUUUGACAAAGUUAUGGCCCAUUGAAUUUUUUGAAAAAUUUUAAUUUGGGAUUUUUCAAUUUUUCGAUAUGGAGGGUCCCACAAAAUGUUAUGAAUAUGUGUUCAAAAUAUAGCCCAGUUUUUUCCUUUAAAAUGAGCUAAAGAACAUGUUGGGGAAAUGCUUAGUUGCGAAGUUACGCUUUUUCAAAGUUGACACGACAGGGUCCGUAUAUGGGUCUCAGGCCAGAGUCCUGCAGCUGCGCCCAGGAGCACCCUGUUUCACGCUGAUCUUCCUAAUUUUUUAGCAUUGUACAGCAUUUUGACCAUUUAGUAAGCAUACAUAUAAGGAUGAAUAUGCCAUAGAUAAUUUCCCCUCCCCUUUUUCUAUUUCAUGAAAACAAAUAUGGAAUUUGGAAACGUCGCACUAAAGAUUAGCAUGCUUGUUAUUUUUGUCUUGAAUGGCUUCUGCAAUUUGCUAGUAUGCAUAUGAUCACCAUUAAAAGACAAAAGAGAAUUCUGAUCAUUGAUUUUGGGUAAAAAAAAUAGUAGACAAUACAAUAAAAGACAAUCAUGACAGUAAAAUUAUAUUUACCAUGAUACAGCUUUUUAUUCAUCAUUGUCUGGAUCCGGCCUUUUAUUGUUGUCUCCUUCAUCUUUUGAGUCCGAGAAUUCAAAGUCGGAUUUCAUCAGCGGAAAACUUUCGUUUUAGGUAGCCGGAGGAGCGAUUUUCUUAUGGCGGCCAUAGAACAAGUACCACAAUGUACAUAUGUUGUGAGCGCAAGGGUUUAUAGUACAUGCCCAGUUUUUACAAGAACAGUAAUGUCCAAUAACAGCUUUAUGGGAUGAUUGACUCAUGUUAAUCAAAAUAAAAUUGUGAUAAACUUUAUUCGCGAAAGAAUGUGAGCUUUUAAAAAAAAGGGGGAUUUGACAUUGAUUUUAUAUUUUCUAAAAUCUGGCGAAGAAUUAUCGUUUGUCUCUUGAAAACUAUAUUUUCCCCUCGCUGAAUGAUCCACGAUAUAACUUCUUGCGAGCCGUUGUUGAUAUGAUCCCUAUAGAGCUUCCAAAUCAUCAAUUGACCAUUUUGGCAAUUGUUUAAAGUAUUGAUCUGUAAGAUCUUCAAAUAUCACACUUUUUCGGGUCCAAUUGCCAUCUUCAACGAUUUUUUUUACAUUUUUUGGCAUAGAACGCCGUUGCAACAUGUCAGUGACAAUUUCCUUACUAUCCGAGUCACUAUACUGACUGACAUUGGAAAAAAUAAUUAUGAAUUGUGCUUGCAAUUCUUACAUCUUGAUAUAUAUGUGGCACAGAACCUGAAACAACAGGAUUGCAGAAAUACUUGAAUCUUUCUAGGGAACUAUUAAUUAGUCCAUUCGAUUACCCACAGGACCUUUGUACAAAGUCUCCUUUCGUUUGCUUCUCGAGUUGAAAGCUAAGCGUUGUCUGUCCUCGGAAUUGGGAUGGACACAACAACACCAUGCUUUUCUAAGUAAUUUUUCACAUUUUGAAACCCGCAAUCCAAAACAAAAAUAUCGCCCGGCUUGAAAAGAGAUUUGAACCAAUCACAGCGUAUGAUUAUCUUUAAAAUAUCAGCGUCACUGAUACUCUCGGCCCAAAAUUGGUUUGGUCCUAAGGAGUUAACAAUUAAACCGUUUGUCGUGGUACACUGCAUUGGUUUAACGUAAUUUUUCUUUUUAUGUCCCGAGUAGGUUGCUCGCUGAAAUGAAAAAUUUUCGCCUUUAUGCAAAUAAAUGUAGGUGCCAGCCCACACUGUGAUCUUGUCAUCACUUGCAGCAACACCAUGAAUAGUUUGCGGCUUGUCUUUGUUACAAAUUUUUUUUUUUUUUUUUUUGCAAUUUGCAAUUGCUGCUGUAUCUGGUGCUGUUGCACCAUCACAGUCACCGGCACGCUUAUCUGAGGUGGUGCAAGCCAACCACAACCUCUGUCUGUGUAUCUUUAUUUGCUUUCUCUUGCCGCUCUAUUUGGAGGUGAUCGAGCUUCAUCGCUCGAAGCUCCGCCUUCGUUGCUUGAAGCUCCGCCUCCGUUGCUUGAAGCUUUGCUGUUAACUCCGCCAUGCGGAGUUCGAGCAACGCAGCUCGAUCACCCUCCUGUGCCGCAAUUUGGCUGAGCUCUGAUACUGUCUCCGCACAGUGCACGUUGUUGCAUUGAAAUUAGUAAGAAUACGAGCUCUGUAAGCCACAGUACGUCAAUAUAAUACUGAGCUGCUCAUCUUCAAUAAUACUAUCUCUUGAAGGAAACAUUAAUUCAAUUUCAUUCACAGCAAUUGUACAACCAUGCACUUACAUUGCACUGCUAACGCAGCUUAUUUUUGGGAGUCAGUCGGACUCAUUGAGUGCGCAGUUUAUUCAGUCUUUCGUAACAUGCCAAGUCAUCUCAAGUGAGGAUGAUGUUUUUCCCAAAUAAAAUUGUUUCUCAAAUAACCCAUGUAGUUUAUCUAACAACCCACGACGUCUCUUUCCAUCAAAUUCUGCAGUCCGUCCGGGUGGAAACGUUUCAGAACAUCAUUCUCCUCAAAAAAAUUUUUGGCGGUACCGAUCAUCUAUUCUCUUCAACUCUUUCAAGGCGUUCUUCAACGUCUCAUCGUACACUUCAUCAAUGUUCGGUUGUAAUGUUUGUAAGUUACAAACUUGGGAAAA